UCAGGACGUAGGGGCGGGCCUUCGCGGUAAUCUUUACAAAAUGGCGACUGUUGUUGUUUUGCCGCAGGGUCAGUGAAUAAAUCCGUUUUUCAUUUCAAUCAUUUUCUGCACUAAUUUCCAGAAACAACAAUAAAAAAAGCGCAGGCGCCCCAAGGGUCGGCUCCGUGUGGACUGAAAUGAAAGGUAAAGAGCGGUCGCCGAUUAAAAAACGCUCCCGGGCCUUGGACGAUAUUCGAGACAGGGGAGGAUGCCACCCGACCAGCAAGAAAAUGGGGGCUCUCUCCGUUUCCAGUGGAAGUAAUAACGGAAAUAGCUCGACGAAAAGCGACGGCGGGUCAACAAGAAGGAGUCUGCUGGGUGAGAAAAGAGACAGAGAUUUCGACGGGCAUAGUCGGACUGGAAAUAACCACAGUUGUCAGUCUGCUGCCGCUAGCUCAGUCGGUAAAAACCACAGCCUGAGCCUGACGCUGGAUUUAGCCUCACCGAGGACCACUUCACGGGGGGAGCAGCGGGUGCAGCCCCCUACCACCGAGAGUGAGUACAAAACCCUCAAAAUAAGCGACCUCGGCACCCAGCUCAGCGACGAAGACAUAGAGGAUGGACUCUUUCAUGAAUUUAAAAAAUUUGGAGAUGUGAGCGUUAAAAUAAGCCGUAGCAACGACGAGCGGAUAGCGUUUGUGAAUUUCAGGAAACCGGAGGACGCCAGAGCUGCAAAGCACGCCAGGGGCCGGCUGGUGCUGUACGACCGUCCGCUGAAAAUUGAGGCAGUGUACAUAAACAGGAGGAGAAGCCGCUCCCCUGUGGAGAGAGACUUGUAUGGUGCAGCUCAAAGCCAUAGACAUUUGCAGAGACCCCUCUCGCCCACCGGGCUUGGAUACAGAGACUACCGGCUGCAGCAGCUGGCCUUGGGUCGGCUCCCCCCUCCCCCGCCGCCCCCUUUGCCCAGAGAACUGGAGCGGGACAGGGAGUUUGCUCUGUUUGAAGCCCGGGCGCGCCCAGCGUUCAUUGCAGAGCGAGCAGCUUUUCGUGAGGAGGAUUUUAUAUCUCCAGAAGAUGACCAAAGAGCCAAUAGGACGUUGUUUUUAGGCAAUCUGGACAUAACUGUUACAGAAGCAGACCUGAGGAGAGCUUUCGACAGGUUUGGGGUCAUAACAGAAGUGGACAUUAAAAGACCCACACGGGGACAAACCAGCACAUAUGGAUUUCUGAAAUUUGAGAAUCUUGACAUGGCUCAUCGUGCUAAGCUUAGUAUGUCUGGCAAAAUAGUGGGCCACAACCCCAUAAAGAUAGGCUACGGGAAAGCAACUCCCACCACACGCCUGUGGGUGGGCGGACUUGGACCCUGGGUUCCCGUCGCUGCCCUGGCAAGAGAGUUUGAUCGCUUUGGCACUAUAAGGACCAUUGACUACAGAAAGGGGGACACUUGGGCCUACAUUCAGUAUGAAAGUUUGGACGCUGCACAAGCGGCAUGCACACACAUGAGGGGCUUCCCGCUGGGAGGUCCAGAGAGAAGACUUAGAGUGGACUUUGCUGACACUGAGCAUCGUUACCAGCAGCAGUUCCUGCAGCCUCUCCCAAUACCACCGUUUGACAUGGUGGCUGAGUCAUUUGUCCACCGUGCCACACCUGAACCUCUGAGGGUUAGGGAACGGACUCCACCGCCGCUUCACUUCAGGGAGAGAGAGCUCUUUCCUGGAACUGAGUGGCCCAACCCAGCUAUUCGGGAUCGGGUACGAGCCUCACCCUUUGAGCCCCUGGAGCACUUGGAACGUGAGCGACGGGCACGAGAGCCUUGGUCUUUGGAACGAGAGCUGCAGGGACGAGAGCCUGCACGCAAGCGGCGUGUAAUGGAGGACGGACGCCACAUAGACCACUCCCCUGACAGCACUGACAGGACAGUCAGGCGUAGACGUGCUUCUCCAGAUGGCAGUCCUGGAGGUAGCAGCCGAGAUGGAGGGCGCUUCAGUGACUCAGAGCGGCCUCUGCGGGGCGAGAGACCCUCCCCAGCACGAGAGCGCCACAGCAGCCUUGAUAGAGGUGCGGCUGAACGGAGACUUAAAACCCAGAGUCUCUCAGACAAAGGACCUUUAAGCAGCGGCAUUUCAACAAUUGCAGAGCGCAAGCGCAAAGCAGGCGAAGGUGGUAAGGGGCCGGCCAAGAGAGAACGUUCUGACAUCAAUUCCAAGGGAGGCCAGCCGAUCAAACCAGACGGCACCAAACUCAGUUUGGCCUGGAACGGUAUGCUGCUGCUCAAGAACAGCAACUUCCCAGCCAACAUGCACCUGCUGGAGGGCGACCACAACGUAGCCAGUGACCUGCUUGCCGAGGGCACAACAGGGAGGCAGGUGAGCGAGCUAAAGAUCACUCAGCGUCUCCGUCUGGACCAGCCCAAGCUCGACGAGGUGUCUCGGCGCAUCAAGGUGGCGGGUCCUGGUGGCUACGCCAUCCUGCUGGCAGUUCCUGGGGCAACAGAGGAUUCAUCUUCGUCUGAUCCGGCAGUCUCAACUCAGCGGCCACUCCGCAACCUGGUGUCCUACCUCAACCAAAAACAAGCAGCCGGAGUCAUCAGCCUACCUGUGGGAGGGAGCAGAGAUAAAGACAACACGGGGGUUCUUCAUGCUUUCCCGCCCUGUGAUUUCUCCCAGCAAUUCCUGGAUUCCUCUGCCAAAGCUCUGGCUAAAAGCGAAGAGGACUAUCUGGUCAUGAUUGUGGUCCGUGGAGCAUCCUAAAAAAAAAAAAAAAAAAUCAGAACUCACUAAAUUCAAGUGAUGUUAAAAAAAAGAAAUCUGCUGUAUGUCAGUAACUAUUGCAUGCUGUGUGUUCUGCAUUAUGGGGUACACUAGUAUGGUUCUUGAGUGUUUGUAUGUUGCCAUGUAAGCCACUAAAAGGACAAACAGUGCCCUCCUACUAAACUAAAAGGAUUUGUGUUUUUAAAAUCAUUUUUAAAGGGUGUACGAGCUGCUCACAAAGUCCUAAACCUGAAGUAAUUCAAUCAAAGUACAGAAAAAUAUGAGGAGCAUUUACUAAGUCAGUUUCAAUUUCUUUUAAGAAGAGAUAAGUAAAAAAACAAACACAUUUUUGGUUAAUUUAUCUGUUUUUAAAUGUUAGCUAUCCAAAUCUAUUACAAGAAAAGAACAAGAGAAUUUACAAAUGCAUUUAGUAGACGCAAUAACACCUCCACUACAAUAAAACCACAAACUUCACAAGCUACUGUACUGUCCCAGACACAGUGUUAACUAAAGCUGCAAAGUACAAGCCUAACAAAAGUCAUGUUUGUGUCUGGGCUACUGCAUUCCCUUCGAUUGUAUAUGUGUUAUUGUGUCUACCUCCUACAGGCAUUUAAAUGAGCAGAAUUACAAAACAUCCUUUUUCAAAGCUUUGCAUUACGGUGCAAUAACAUUUCUGCUAUAAUCACUUUUUUGAUGGAGACAAAGAUGAGCAUGACAUUUUUGAAUUUAAGGUUUUCAGAAAAGGUGUAGUUAAUGAUUUGGUAAUGUAGUUACAAAGCGUAUCAGGAGAAGGAAUCCUAGUAACCUUUUCAAGGUGAAAACAUGUCUCACGACUUCUCCAGCGUGGCACACUCACGUUUUUUGGCUGUCUUGCCUUCAUCAGGUAACCGCCCUGAUGACGACAAGAUCGCCUAAAAAGUUUGCUUAAUGGAGUGUUUGUGCACUGAGGAAGAGUUACGACCGUGUGUGUGUGUGUGUGUGUGUGUGUGUGUGUGUGUGUGUGUGUGUGUGUGUGUGUGUGUGUGUGUGUGUGUGUGUGUGUGUGUGUGUGUGUGUGUGUGUGUGUGUGUGUGUGCGCUCAAAGAUGUGAAGGUCACCAGUUAAAAUGUCUCUAGAUAAAAAGCUCACACAUUUCAGUUUGGGAAAUUAUAAAUCAUGUUCAGGUUCAUGGUUUGGAUCUUUUAUUAAUGUGUUCCUCAAUAUUGGAACAUCAAAUUGCAAGUUAGACAAUGAACUCAGUGUGUGUCCGCUGGUACUACUAAAUUGUCAUGUCAACUCUGUGGAAUGCUGAAUACUAACAGAUGUGAGAUCUUUGCCCAGGGAACGGCCCAUAACACAAUACUCAUAGCCUAGUAAAGCAAAUACUAACGUGUUUUCCAUAUUUUUACUUCAUAUUUUAUUUUGUGCAUCCCUACCUUUUAGAAAUGGUUGUGUAAUGUGAUCUAUGAAAAACUACAGUAGUAAUGGAUAAAAAAGCUUAGAGAGUUUUGUGUUGUUUCAUUUAUUGCUCUGAAACUAGUAGGUCCUUCAAGAAUAAUAAUAUUAAGUAUCAAUUAUAUGUUGGUACAAAGUAACAAAAACCUGCUUUUUGUUCAGUAAGUAGGUCUGUGAAAUGUUUAAGUUUUACAAAUACUUUUAACACUUCAUGUUUGAAUUUGAAUUUUAUUAAUUAGACAAUAUUUUACUCAUGCCUGCCAACAUGUUCCCAAGGCCUACUUACCGUAUUUUGUUUUGCCAUUGUAUGUUUGUCAUGCAAUAGUAACUCACCCUGAAUUAUAAUUUGCUGAGUUUGGUUUAAUAUGUAUUGAAAACAUUAAUAUGUCAGAAAAUUGUUAUGUGUGAACGUCACACCCACUUCAACAUUGGACUCUAUGAGGAGACGAGUGCAGAGCUGAAAACCUCUGCAGACAAGGUGUUUGUGAGUCCUCACUAAAGAGGCAACUUUAAAGUUGUGUAUCCCGUCUGCACCUGUGAUGACUUCUGUUUAAAAUGGAAAAUUGAGCAAUGUACACUUUGAUGUCAUGGGAAAGGAAAAUCCGUAGAGCCCAUGCGAAGCUGUUCACAUACCUGCAAGUGCGUUUGGGCACUUAAUGUGACCGAUUAUCAAUAAAUUGUUCAAUUGAA